AGUACAUCGACUAUCAUCCAAACCGUGCAUAAGAGUAGUUGUACCCAAGCAAAAUCCACAACAAAUUUGCAUGCACAGAACGAGCAGCCCUUAAUAAGGUUGUCAUGUUUUGUCUGCGCCAUACUUGUGACCACAUCUGCUAUGAUACCCGUAUUCUGAGCUUACCGGGACCUUAGUGCAGUCCGCAACUGCGAGCGAUGCUGUUCAUGUAGCCAAAGCAUCUCAUCAAGCCUUCAGACAAGCAGGUUGAUGUAAUCCGAGAAUUCCACUGGCAGCGCCGCAAGAAAUGCCGUACCGUUCAUAGCGCAGGGGCUGGCGCAUGUAUUUCUCGUCAUGUCACAAUCGUCACCCAACGGCGAGGGAUCGUCGACGGGCGAUCAUGGUUCUAUGGAUGAAGUUUCGCCGGCUGAGCCCAGCGGACCACAGCGUCCGGGCCGCUUUUAUGGCCCAGAUAGGACCUGGAAAAACUACACUCAACCAAUACGUGAAUUAGCUGCGACAUUGGUCCAAGCCGAUUGUGGCGAUCUCGGCAAGCACCUCUACAAUGCCCAUAUGCUGAAGAAGCGUGGCCAGUCCCUCACCCACGAUACUCGUUACCUGGCUCACGUACCUAAGAAUCUUUGGGUUGAUACUGUCGAAGACGAGAAGAUGCCAUUUCGACCGGCUCCUCGAUGGACAGCCUGGCCAAUGCGGCCAGACGAAGUACCACGACGCCGGGAAGUUUGGGGCGCGCCGACCUUCUGGCAUGAGGAUCAGUAUGAAGAAGAGAAGAGCGAGCUGGCAAUGUGGUAUCAUCGCGAACCUUGGCUCCCAAGCCGUCAUCUUCUCGAAGAGCUCGAAGCUCAAAUCCUUCGCCAAGCUCAACAAAAUUUACAGCAAAGGAGCACAAGUAGCGGAAAUGCUAAGAUAUCAAUAAAGACUACUCAAAUACGACCAGCGCAACUGUAUCGUACUGGCGAACACGGCGAGGCUUCAGCAGCUUCGGACACGGUCCUCUGGCAGGAUGGCUCGUCUUCCAUGAGCGACGACAGUUCCACAGACGAUGAUUCCGACGCCGAGGGAGAUGCUCUCACCAAAUCGGGGAACUCUGGCCACGCAGACGGGGCUGAAGUCUUUCAUCUACCUGCAUCAUUGCCGGAGCCAUCGAUCCUGCUUGACGACAGUCUCGCAGCAACCAUCGCCAGGCCGUCAUUGCGAGAGUGCUUGAAAAAGGUGAACUCUUUGCUGGAUGCAUUGCAUCGAAGUCGCAAAGGUUGCCGAGAGAGCUUUGCCCGCUGCAGAGAAGAACCUUUGAACCCUGACAGCGUAGUCAAUGAUAGGAAAAGGAGAAUUGGGGCCGAUCAAAGUAACCGUUCUCCCAGACGAACAAAGACAAGUUCAGCACUGUCUGGUGCGCGUCACUCAAAUCUGACGCGAUCGCAUCUCAAACCUCGGGAGCUGGCCUGUCGUGACUGGAGCGAAAUUUUGGCUUUAGCAGCCACGACCGGUUGGGACCAAUCGACAAUAGCCAGAACGGCGCAACGAUGUGCUAGCUUAUUCAGAGAGAAUAUGGAGCUGCGCUGUAUGCCUGAAUAUGGCGCGCCUCGAGCCAACGACAACUUAUUCAUCUUUGGGCCUAAUCAACGCAAAAAGGCUACAACUCAGAAUGCCACAAGUGGCGUUCCGUCUCUUAUAUCUAGCACUAUGGUGAAGAGUACUGUACUUGAGCGGAAUCAUCGUAGUAUAUUACCGGGGCUAGCAGGCGGAGAGCCUAAGCAGCGAUUAGAUAGGAGCGGUCUCUUAACUCCUGUUACUCUUCGAAUGCCUAACUCGCGGUUUUAACCUAUUUUAUAUAUUUACGUAUAUAUACUGUUUUCCUCC